AACAAUUUUCGCAGUCAAAAUUUGUUUCCAAUAAAACGUAAACUGCCGAGAUCUGAAUUUCAGUUUUUCGUCUGGAUUUGUCACAUUCGGAGUGAAAAAAGAUGAAAGUUCUUGUCCUGCUUUUCGUAGCUCUUUGCUGCGUAGCUGCUAUUAACGCAACAACGUUAGACACAAAGUCUAUCAAGAAAUAUGACGCAACAAUUAAAGUAAAUGUUUCUGCCAAGAAAGAUAAGAAAAAUCAAAAAGAUUCCGAAGGUGACGAAGGGGAAGUCGAAAACGAUUGUACAUGUAACGACAGGGAAAAUGAUAAAAAAGUAAAAAAGGAAAAGGACCAGAAGAUCAAGGAAAAGAAGCGCAAUGGAAGUAAUGGAAGCGAUAGCAAUGAAAGUGGAAGCAAUGAAACCAAGGAGAAAAAAGUGAAAAAGGAAAAGGAACAGAAGGCCAAGGAAAAUAAGCGCAAUGGAAGCGACAGCAAUGAAAGUGGAAGUAAUGAAACCAAGGAGAAAAAAGUGAAAAAGGAAAAGGAACAGAAGGUCAAGGAAAAGGAGCGCAAUGGAAGCGAUAGCAAUGAAAGUGGAAGCAAUGAAACUAAAGACAGAAAAGGAAGCCGUGAUAACAAAAAUCAAAAGAAAAAUAACGGUGGACGCAAAGGUGACAGUAGCGAAGAAGAUUGCAGCGAUUCAAGAGAAGGCAAAGUUAAGAAGAUUCGGAAGGAUAAAAAUCAGGGCGGUAAUAAACCAUGUGGAAAACCUUCACAACCAACCUGCAAUACCGUUUGUACAUUGAUUGCCGCUCCAUUGUGCGCCUCGCCGGAUGGAUGUGAAGGAGAACCAAAGACGUUUGACAAUGAAUGUCUCCUUGAUGUAUACAAUUGUCAAAAUCCGACAGCCAAAUACAAGAAAACGUCGGACGGUGCCUGCAAGCCAGUUUGCCCUCAAGCCUGCACUUUUGAUCUCAGGCCAGUCUGUGCACUUCCGGACGGUUGGUGUGCCGAACCACAAACAUUCAGCAAUCCAUGCCAGCUAUCCGUUUAUAACUGCGAAAAUCCAGCUAACACUUACAAAUUCUUCCACGAUGGUGACUGCUUAACUACACCAGCACCUGAACCAGAAUGUGGCCUAAUAGACUGUCCCCAAGAUGUGUCACCAUUUUGUGCUAUUCCAACCGGUUUUUGCGGACAACCACAAACAUUCAACAAUAGAUGCUACUUGGAAGUGUACAACUGCUUCAAUCCGGAUGAACAAUACGAGUACUUCCACGAAGGUGAAUGUCUGACGACGCCAGCUCCUGAGCCAGAAUGUGGCUUAAUAGACUGUCCCCAAGAUGAGUCACCUUUUUGUGCUCUUCCAUCCGGUUUCUGCGGAGAGCCGAAAACGUUCAACAAUAAAUGCUAUUUGGAAGUGUACAAUUGCUUCAAUCCUGAUGAACAAUACGAAUACUUCCACGACGGGGAAUGUUUGACGACACCAGCUCCUGAGCCAGAAUGUGUUGAAACGGCCUGUCCCGAUGAUAAUAACAAAAUCUGCGGCCUUCCCGACGGUUUCUGCGGAGAGCCGAAGACAUUUGUGAAUGACUGUUACAUGAAAGUGUACAACACUUUCAAUUCCGACGAACAAUACAAGUACUUCCAUGACGGUGAAUGUCUUACUACACCAGAACCGGAACCAAACUGUGCUGCAAUAUCCUGCUCCAAUGAAGGUCCAGCAAUUUGUGGUCUUCCAGAUGGAGUCUGUGGACCGCCUCAAACAUUCACAAAUGGCUGCAACUUAGAAGUCUACAACUGUUUCAACCCCGACGCGAAAUACAAGUACUUCCACGACGGUGAAUGUAUUGAACAACCAAAAGAAUGUCCCACCGUGUGCCCUUACAAUUAUGACCCAAUCUGUGCUGCUGGACAAAGUGGAAACGUGCAAACGUUUCCCAAUGAAUGCACUUUAGAAUCACAAAACUGUCUCAACGAAAACGACCAAUACACUGUCGUCCAUGCGGGAGAGUGUGACGAGUGUGCUGACAUUAAAUGUAAUAAGAUCGGUCAACCUAUAUGCGCGUCAAACAGUGAAGGGACUCAGCAAUCAUUUGGCAAUCCUUGUAUGUUACAACAACACAAUUGCGAGAACUGCAACGACAGAUACGAAUAUUCAUAUGAUGGCAGUUGCAUCGAAGAACCGAAAUGUCCAACCGUUUGCCCCUUCAAUUAUGUCCCAAUCUGUGCUGCUGGACAAAGUGGAAAUAUUCAAACGUUUUCCAACGGCUGCGCUGUGGCAUCGCAUAAUUGUUUGAACGAAAACGACCAAUACACUGUCAUCCAUGAUGGAGAGUGUGACGAGUGUGCUGACAUUAAAUGCAAUAAGAUCGGUCAACCUAUCUGCGCCACGAAUAGUCAGGGGGCUCAGCAGACUUUUGGAAAUCCUUGUAUGUUACAACAGCACAAUCGCGAUAACUGUCACGACAGUAAUUCGAGUAUUCGUAUGAUGGCAGUUGCAUUGAACCGGUCAUAUGUACGAAAGAGUAUGCACCUGUUUGUGCAAUCAGUCCCACAUUGGGUUCCAGGACAUUCUCCAACAAAUGUGAACGAGAUGCUUACAUAAGCCAGAAUCCAGCUGAUGGAUAUGUUGCCGCUCAUGACGGAGAAUGUAAACCGGUAUGCAGAUUGGGAUGUCCAAGAAUUUACCGUCCACAGUGCGGAAUCAAUAGCAAUGGAGAAGAGAAAGAGUUUAGCAACGAGUGCGAGUACGAG